UGCGAAGCGAACGUCGCCCAAGCAAUCAUUUUUCCGAAUUCGUCACAGUCACGGAAACGUUACUUUUAAAACAGAAUUUGAAGUGUUUGAAAAUAAUGUGAUUUUUUAUAAACCUAUGUGAGUGGCAGCUUUAUAAAAUGGUUGUGUUAUUUAUAAUCUGUGUUUUGAUUGCUCGUACCAUGUGCCACACAAUCACCCAGAUGGAUGUACCGCGGUGGGCAGAUCCCAGAAUAGAUGCACAACUGAAGUGUCAAUACACUCGCCAACCUGGUGAUCCAGGGCUGCACUCUGUUAAGUGGUACAGGGGCAAGCAUGAGAUAUUUAGAUUCAUGCCACAAGAGUACGAAACAAGAUCAUUCAACAACAGCGGUAUAUCCGUCACCAACAGCUCUUGUGACAUGUUCAAGUGUGUGAUCUCCGUGAGACCAGAUCAGGGUACCGCGGUGUACACCUGUGAGGUAUCCAGUGAGGGACCCAGGUUCGCUGUAGACAGGCGCUCCGCUAACAUGACGCUCGCUGUGCUUCCAGAGUACGAGCCUCUUAUCACGGGCCUCCCGACAAUAGUGCAAGCGGGUCAACAGGCUUUCGUCAACUGCACUUCGGAUUACUCUCUGCCAGCAUCCCACAUUGAGUGGUUCAUUGACGGUGAAUUACAAGAGGAUCCAAUAAUAACAGAAAACACACACGUGUCUGGUGCGGAUGGCGAUGGUUUGCAAGCUUCGUGGAGGACUCUGCACGUCUUCCCAGAUGACUACUCGACACACAGAGGCUUUCUGUCCCUCGAAUGUCGUUCAACAGUACCAACUCGACCUGUGCACGUGCGAAGCAUGGCUGUGCGACUUUUCAUUGCAAGUCGCCCACACAUAUCUUCUUUCAUGUUAAGUAAAAAUAAUGCAGUUUCAGGAUGUAAUGCUGUGACAUCAAAUACACAAGAAAUAUUUGCUGUAUGGACAAUUUUAGUGCUGUUGAGAAGACAAGUGCCUUGAGUGAAAUGGACUGAUGCUCAAUACUCAUUUGUACUAACAAUGUAAAAACAUGUAAAUUGGAUCCGGAUCUAUCAAUAGAAAUAGGGCUUUAUAUAUUUUUAUUUGUGUUGUUUAUUUUCCAUCCCUUAGAUAAUUUACACGUCUCGAUAGAGUCUCUUGCUGUUAGACAACCGAUGAAAACAGGCCAGGUUUAAUACUUUAGUGUGCGUGAAAAGCUCCGUCUAAAUUCGCGAUUUAUAUGACACUUUAUGUAACACGUGCAUUGCUCAAAAUAGAGGUUAACUCUAAACUCAAUUUUUCGACGUUUUCACAGCUGUCAUUGUCUAUCAAGACGUAUAAAUGAUCUAAGUUUCAUCCAACCCUGUGGCUUAAUAAAAUUGAUAACUGAUAAAAUUUUGUUAGAUUCACUGAAUUUUUUAUUCAAACUAAUAAAUUGAUAUUUACAAUUCAGCGCGCUUAGUUAAAAUCGAUUGAGCUUUAAAUUGAAUGUUUGAGUUUAAAAUACUCAGAAAUUUGUUGUGAAUCAACGGGUUCUGUACUAAAAUGAUAAAGUGUAAAAAUACUUAAUAAAAAAAUGCUUAUCGCGUAAUCAAUUUCAUUUUUUUAACUAUAAGCCUUAGUUCUCGUAAGACAUGUAACUUUUACAGCUAUUUAAAAUAUAGAGAUAUAGUUUUAGUUAUAGAAUCAUGAUUCUUCUUUUAUCAUAGUCUUUCAGAAAGUGCUUAUUAUCUUCGAGAAUUUAUGCGUCUAGAUACAGCCUCUUGCUUCUAGACAACUGAAGAUGAAAAAAGGCCAGGUUUAAUACGUUAGUGUGUGUGACAAGCUACGUCUCACACUCACGACUUGUAUAUCAGUUUGUGGUAGUGUGCGUGCGUUACUCAACGACGUUUUGACGUUUUCACAGCUGUCACAAUCUAUCUAGGCGUAUAAACAAUCUGAGCUUAUUGUAAUAAAACAGUAAGUGAUUCACAGAUAACAGGGGCACGAUAAGAUAUCUUUACUAUUAAGACUAUUACUAUCCCUACAUGUAUCUUAGUAAUAUUCUAUCUCAUUUUCUCGAGUGUCUCACUAUUACUAAUGGCUAUACUAACGCUUCUAAUGGCACAAAUAAUGACUACUUAAUUAUGAAUUAUGUUUACGUCAAUAUUAUCUGUGAUGGUUUUUUUGUAACUAAAACGCACUAGUAUUAUUUUUUUAUUUUUGCCCUGCAUAUAACCUCAAAAUUCUUGAAGGAGUUUGGUUCUCAAUCAAAUAGUUUUCUUUACAAAAUUUUUGUAUGACGCAUUACACGCAUUAGAUUUAAAAUAAAUUAAUUUUUAAACCAUAUAAUGUAAAUAAACAAUACAAUUAAGUUAUUUUGAAUUUAAAUAAAUUAUUGUCAUUGAAUUGGCUGAAUACGUAGAGACCGUUGCCCUGUCUGUCCUCUAAGAAAGGUACUUACUCUCGCGAAAUUACAUUUCAACUAGAUUUACCUGAGGCUACCAAUGUCUUUGUGAAAAUAUAAUAUACUUGAAAACACGCCAAGUUUUUAUACGUAAGCCAGCAACAACGAAUGAAAACAGGCCCGGUUUAUUACUUUAGUGUGCGUGACAAGCUACGUUAUACACUCGCGAUAUGUAUUUCUUUGACAGUCAAUCUCAAUUAUUUUCGAUGUUUUGACAGCUGCCAAAGUUUGUCUAGACGUAUAAAGGAUCUAAGCAUUAUUUAAUUUUUCCAUUAACAAAGUAACACGAAAUCUACCCAGAAGAAUCCUUAUGACAUUGUACUUUAACUAGUCGUACAGUAUUGUUUUUUCUGUUGCUAUAGUCAUUAAGUCUUUUGCAUUAUAAAUGCACAAUUUCUACUAUCAUGCACUUAAAUUGUAAAUAGUUUAAUCGAUUGUAAAACAGCGAUAAAAUAAUAAUUCAUAUUAUAUCAAUAUUAUGUUAUAAUUGUACGGAAAUAUAAUGUUUUGUGUGAUAACGUUAUGUAAAUAGUUGUGCCAAACAUUUUUAUUAGAUAAGUAUGGUUUGUACAGAAUAAAUAUGAAUUGAUGUGAAUAAUAAUUAUUGAAUAAA